AUAACCCGGAAGAGAAGUGCCAGCCUGUGACCUCUGCUGUGUACGUAACGUUUGGGAGGAAAAUGACUGAACAGAGAUGUGAUUGUUCCGUUUUGCCGUCGAUACCAGUGAACACUUGGCUUGCUUCGGCGAGUUAACAGCGAGGAUAAGGACCGCAGUCAGGCUGUCCGGCUAACGGAAUGUCGUUACUAACACAAAUGAGUCGGUGAAUUUCGUCACGCAGACGUCAGACGGUGGCUCUCCAACUAAUCGAAAUUAACCAGCGUGUUGUUUUCUGUGACAGCUUCAGGUUGUCCGCCGUUCAGCUGUUCGCUCGGUGACAGUCGACCUGUUUAUCCGGAGAGUAAACGCCAGGUGUGCAGCAGCCAGUUAGCCGCUUUAUCCGGACCCUCCGGCGGCGGGGACAGCCACGUCAGCUAGCUCUUAUCGCUCCAGUCUGUUACACUGAGCAGGUCUGGGCUCUUGGUUUACGCCUGUGGUCUUGUUAUUCAACAAAAACGUACAGGGUAUUUAUUAUUCUGCGACAAUGGCUCCCAUGGGUAUCCGACUGUCACCGCUCGGUGUGGCGGUGUUCUGCCUCCUUGGAGUCGGUGUCAUCUACCACCUGUAUGCGGGAGUCAUCUCCAGCCGCCUGGCUGCCUUCAGCUUGAUAGAGAGGAAAGGGGGAACAGAGAGAGAGGACAAUAUGCAGAAAAUGACCACAAGUUGGAAUCUUUCUACCAGACAGAGGAGAACUGUGGAUCUAAGGGACCUGCUGGCUGUCUCAGUGGAGGCUGCAGAACUAGGUGGCAGAGAGGUGAAGACAGUGCGUGAUGACAACAGCCUGAAGGAGAAGUCAAAGGGCAAGACAAAGGAAGGAGCCAAUGAGCCUCUGACUAUGGGGGACCUGCAGUCUCAUAGAAAGAUGUUUAACCUCUUAAAGAAUACCUUCCCUGAAGUCACGGUGAACAGCGAGGAACAUGACAACGUUGUGGACCACGCAACCUGGAGCCGGGAAAUUCCAGCUGACAUACUGAAAAAUGUAAAGGGGGGCAAUGACGUUCCUGCUGAGAGCAUCACUGUGUGGAUCGACCCUCUAGACGCUACACAGGAAUAUACAGAGAAUCUGGUGAAGUAUGUGACCACAAUGGUAUGUGUGGCUGUAGAUGGUAAACCGGUCAUUGGGGUGAUACACCAGCCCUUCACUGGGUUCACUGCGUGGGCUCUUGUAGGUCACAGGUCCAAUAUGCAUGCCCGGUCAUCCUACAGUGUCAACCCUCCGAAGGUGAUUGUGUCACGUUCCCAUGCUGGGAAAGUGAAAGGUUUCGUUCAGGAUGCUUUUGGAAACGGCACAACAGUCAUAGGAGCAGGUGGAGCAGGAUAUAAGGUCCUGUCACUUUUGGAGAUGCCUUUAAGUGAAACAGCUUCUAUAGACCAGGCAGAUGUUUACAUGCACAUCACCAUUAUUAAGAAAUGGGAUAUCUGUGCUGGUGCUGCACUACUGAAUGCACUGGGAGGCCAGAUGACAACCCUAAAAGGAGAGGACAUCGACUACAGCGGAACACCAGUCAACAAAGGAGGACUGGUGGCCAGUGUUGGUGUGGACCACAAGGCCUUACUGGAAAAACUACCAAACUGGGACCCUGAAAAGCACUGAGAGACAAACACAGAGCCAUUGCUGGUUUGGUCAGGUUGUGGUGACGGCAACAUGUGCCGGCCCUUUUAUAUAACUAAAUAAUAAAUAAUAAAAAGGUCUGCGUGAGACACCAAACAUCUGCCAUCAGAUGGAUUGGAGUUACUGUCACCGGCAUGGGCCACGGAGCAAGACUGUGGAACCAACAUGGCUGCCACUGGAAACUGCAAUGGCUGACACAAUGGCUCUGAACACACACACUCCUGGACAUGCAUACACACAUGCAGCGAGGAGAAACAGUACAUCGCGCACAAACACACAAACACACUAACCGUGAACACGGGACUACAGUUGCCCUACCUGAGUCCCUUCAGAUUCCGAGGACAACAGGGUGACUCUAAUGUCAAAUGUUAAACUAAGGAGCACAAUUCGGAACAUUGCAACACAACCUAAGGAGUGACUGACAAUGUCUUUCUAUCAUGUCAAGUCCCAUCUUCAUCACAUGAUAUUCCAGAGAAAACACAGUUAGUGAAAUGACCACCUAUCAUUAUUUGAGGCUGUAAAGGCACGUUGAGCCUCUGGCAUUUACAAUCAGUGGAAUUUGGGUUUACUGGCCAUUGGAUCGGAUUAGAUCAACAAACCCUCUGUUCACCAGCACCAUUAUGCCACAACAAUUCACUUCUCACUGUCUUCAAAUCUGAGGUGAGCACAGAGAUGGAGCAUUCAACUUUCGAUUGUGUGCAGUGAAUACUAAAAUCAAGGUCAUUACAGUAAUAAAAAAAAUGAUAACCCCACUACAAAUUCAAUGUUAGUUGAUAAUGUUAGCAUUAGAAAAUAGUCUAAAGUAGUCCAACUUAAAACAGUAGUACAUUUAUUUAUAGACUUUAUUAUUUCCUAAGUCAUGGCACGACCCAGGGAUCAGUUUUACUAAGUUACUAAUUAUGUUGCAGCCAAAUAGGCAGAAAAGAAUGUUUCAGUACAAUUAAAUCAAAAUAAAGGUCCAGUGUGUAACAUUUAGGAGGAUCUACUGCCAGUAAUGAAAUAUAAUAUUCAUAGGUAUGUUUUCAUUUGUGAAUAAUCAGCUAAAAAUAAGAAUGUUUUAGUUACCUCAGAAUGAGCU